AUGCCCGAGUCUCCUAUCCACAAUCAUCCUGCCACCUCCGUCGCCGGCGGUACCAGCGCCACACCCACCCCAGCCAACAAUGUAGGGGGAGGUUCCGGCUGGGGAGAUGUCGGUUUCAAGAAAGGCGGAUUUCACGAAGGUGGGGGGCCAGAUGCAGCCGAGGAGCCUCGUCAGGGAUGGGGCCAUGUCGAUCCCCCAAACGCACGUGGAACAAUGGGAGAAGCACUUGGUCUGCAAGAGCAGAAGACUCAUGCCAAAUACCAUUUCCUGAGCCGUGCAGAUGAUGCCGCUGCUAGCACCAAGCCGAUGAGUGCACAUGGUGAACCGACGUGUGCCAGUGAAGAUCAUAGCUUUAUGACCCAUAAGCCUGGCGGCUCGGACACUAUGCCUGGCUGGGGCACUUUCAGAAAUGUGCUUGGAGCGUAA